GAACGAAAAGUAACCUGCAAGCAUCCAGUAACAGGGCAACCAUCACAGGACAACUGUAUUUUUGUUGUGAAUGAACAGACUGCUGCAGCAAUGACAUCUGAAGAAAAGAAGGAACGACCAGUAAGCAUGAUAUGUGAAGCAACUAACUAUAAUCUGACAUCAGAUUAUGCUACUCAUCCAAUGAGCCCUGUGGGCAGAACAUCACGAUCUUCAAAGAAGGUUCAUAAUUUCGGAAAGAGAUCAAACUCAAUAAAGAGAAAUCCUAAUGCACCAGUUGUCAGACGUGGCUGGCUCUACAAACAGGACAGUACUGGAAUGAAGUUGUGGAAGAAACGGUGGUUUGUGCUCUCAGAUCUGUGUCUCUUCUAUUAUAGAGAUGAGAAAGAAGAAGGAAUACUAGGUAGCAUACUUCUACCUAGUUUCCAGAUAUCUGUGCUUUCUGCUGAGGACCAUAUUAACCGCAAAUAUGCCUUUAAGGCAGCUCAUCCAAACAUGAGGACCUAUUAUUUCUGCACAGAUACAGGGAAGGAAAUGGAGUUGUGGAUGAAAGCCAUGACAGAUGCAGCACUUGUGCAGACAGAGCCUGUGAAAAGAGUAGAGAAGUUAACCACUGAAAAUACACCACCUCGAGAGGCAAAUAAUAUUUCAAACCAUCGGGUGCUGAUUAAGCCAGAGGCACAAAAUAACCAGAAAAACAAAGAAGUGAACAAAAGUGAGGAGAAGAAAGCUUUGGAAGCUGAAAAAUACGGAUUUCAGAAAGUUGGACAAGAUAAACCAUUAACGAAAAUUAACAGUGUAAAGCUAAAUCCUUUGGGAUCCGAAUACAGGACUUUACCCAUAAGCACAAUUCAGGCUGGACACUUCAGACCAGUUCAUUUAAACGGGUCUGAGAAUAAAGCUGUUAGUGCUGUCCUGGCAGAUGCUGGAGAUGGAGGUCAUCACAAUGCAGUUCACUCAUAUAUGGAGUCUGAACGAGUUAUGCAGAGAACUAAUUCAAUGCUGCAACUGGAACAGUGGAUUAAAAUACAAAGAGGAAAAGGACAAGAAGAGGAAGCAAGAGGCAUAAUCUCAUAUCAGACGUUACCAAGAAACAUGCCAAGCCAUCGUCCUCAGGUUUUACCCCGGUACCCAGAAGGCUACAGAACGCUGCCAAGAAACAGCAAAGCACGGCCAGAGAGCCUCUGUAGCGUAAUGCCGUCAGCUUACGACAGAGCCACAGGACCAGCAAUGGCCGAAGAAAAACGGAGGUCGAUACGCGAUGACACAAUGUGGCAGCUCUAUGAAUGGCAGCAACGUCAGUUUUACAACAAGCAAACAACUCUAACUAGACACAGUACUUUAAGUAGCCCAAAAACUAUGAUUAAUAUUUCUGAUCAGACAAUGCAUUCAAUUCCCACCUCACCUUCUCAUGGUUCAAUCGCUGGUUUCCAAGGAUAUUCCCCACAGCGGACCUACAGAUCAGAAGUGUCUUCACCAGUGCAAAGGGGAGAUGUGACUAUUGAUCGCAGACACAGGACGCAUCAUACUAAGCACGUCUUUGUGCCCGACAGAAGGUCAAUGCCAGCAGGUCUGAGUUUACAGCCCGUUACUUCUCAGAACCUCCAAGGCAAAACAUUAACACAAGAAGAAUGUAGGGGUACACUAUACAAAUAUAGAACUGAAGAGCUGGAUAUUGAUGCUAAGCUUAGCCGUUUAUGUGAACAAGAUAAAGUUGUACAAGCACUGGAGGAGAAGCUUCAACAGCUACACAAGGAGAAAUACACGCUUGAGCAAGCUUUGCUAUCAGCAAGUCAGGAGAUAGAAAUGAAUGCAGAUAAUCCCGCAGCCAUACAAAAUGUAGUCUUACAGAGAGAUGACUUGCAGAACGGACUACUUAGCACCUGUCGAGAAGUAUCGCGAGCUACUGCAGAACUAGAAAGAGCUUGGAGAGAAUAUGAUAAAUUAGAGUAUGACGUAACUGUAACAAGGAACCAUAUGCAGGAGCAACUUGAUCGGCUUGGAGAAAUUCAGACUGAGUCAGCAGGGAUACAGCGUGCUCAGAUUCAGAAGGAACUGUGGAGAAUUCAAGACGUCAUGGAGGGUUUAAGUAAACAUAAACAGCAAAGAAACUCUUCAGAGGCAGGCUUCAUGGGAUCAAGGACAUUUUCAGCUAUUAAAUAUAAAAAUGAGGGUCCUGAUUAUAGGCUUUAUAAGAGUGAACCAGAAUUAACUACAGUAGCAGAAGUAGAUGAAUCUAAUGGCGAAGAAAAAACAGAACAAAUUUCAGAACCAGAAUCUACUGCUAAAGGCUCACAUUUUCCUGUGGGAGUUGUACCGCCCAGAACCAAAUCACCGAUGCCAGAGUCUUCAACAAUAGCAUCCUAUGUCACUUUGAGGAAGAAUAAGAAGAUAGAUCUAAGAACGGAAAGACCAAGAAGUGCAGUGGAGCAGCUGUGUCUUGCAGAAAGCACACGGCCUCGAAUGACUGUGGAGGAACAGAUGGAAAGAAUAAAGAGGCACCAACAAGCUUGCCUGAGAGAGAAGAGAAAAGGACUCAAUAUUAUUGGUGUUUCAGACCAGUCUCCUUCACAGAGUUUAUCAUUUGUCAGAGAGAAUCCAUUCAAAUUGGCACAGAAUCGGAAAAAAGAUGAUACUAUAUCUAGUAACAUGAAGGAAUUAGAGAGCACCAGUAAAGACAGUAAUUUGAAACAGAAUAAUGAAAGUCCUGGAGAAGAAAUAGCACAACUAAAACAUGAUGGAGGACAAGAACAUAAUUCAGGUUUUACUAAAGAGCUGACAAAAACUGAUUAUCUUUUAUCAGAUGCACAUGUUGUAUCUGACUCAAAAGAAGUGAGUAAUGAAGAGAAAGAAGAAAAGGAAAAGAAAAAUAAAUUGGAAGAAACACAUGAUGGUGAUAUAAGCUUGCAGAGUGUGACCACAGUUACAAACCACAAACCCAAAACCAGCUCAGAAGAAAGUGAAGUAGUUAGUGUUCAAGAACAAGAAGGGAUUAUGUCUUCAUUUGAAUUAGCAGCACAGUCUUCAAAAGGAAAUCAGGCAACAGCAGUGAAAAGUUUGCCUUCUUCACCAGAUUCGUCACUAUCACCAGCUCCAUCUACACAGACACAGCUCACAGAAGGAUCACAUUUCAUGUGUGUAUAG